AUGACUAGGAGGUCCAACAAGGACAACCUAGUUGAACAUCCAGAGAUAGACAAGCUUGAGAAGCAACUUAGGAAGCAGAAAGCCCAAGAGAUGGCCGACGAAGCAGCUCGCGCUCACGCCGCUGAAGUGGCGCGCGCUCAAGAAGAAGGAAGAGAUCCACCUCCUCCUCCUCCUAAUCCACAAGACCCUGCUGGAGAUGUGAACGCACAACCCCAAGCUGGAGCACCUACAAUCGGAGACUAUGACUCUGCCGAUGCUUUCUUUAUGGAUAGAAACCCUAUCCAUCCACCACCUCCUGCAAGGAAUGACUAUGAGAUCAAGCCUCAGAUCAUUGCAUUGGUUAGACAGAACCAAUUCAAUGGACUUCCAGCUGAGCACCCUCUUGAUCACAUAGAAAACUUUGAAGAAAUUUGCAGCACUACAAGAUCCAAUGGAGUCUCUGCUGACUACCUUGAAGUGCAAGCUCUUUUCAUUCUCUCUUGGCGACAAAGCUUCAAGAUGGUUGAAAAAAGGAGUUAUACCAAAAGAGUGAAGACUGUCCAGACGGCUCUAUCGAGAGAACAGCGCCCAAACCGCGCAGUCCGGCUGGCCGAGGAACGAUGUUCCGCGCUCGGCCAAAGCUCGUCCGUCCGACUGAAGUCUCGGCCAAAGUCCAAAACCACUCGGCCGAUCACGCAUCACGACCCGGGAAACUCAAGCCCGCGGUCGGCCACGCCACACCGCCACGCCACCGCGCACGACCAAAGCGCGCGAGCCGGGAAAAGCCUCGCGGCCGCGCAACUCGCUUCGCGUACCACGGCCGAACGCUCCGUCCGACCCGGGAGUAACGUCCCGCGUCCGGCCGAGAGAUUUCAUCGGCCAAACUCUAUCCGCUCGACCACGCCGACCGACCGUGAAUCCGUCCGACCGAUCGUUCCGACUCGCCACGACCGAUUCCGACUCGGCCACGACCCGAUUGUCCGGCCGAUCGUCCCGCACGACCGUCCCAACGCCGCGGUCGACCCAAAGCCCUUAAGCCCGGCUUAA